AGAGAGGGCAAUGCUUGCUGCAACACUCGGCUUUUACUUUUGUCCUUUUGUUCUUCAAUUUCUCUUCACUGGCCAGCAUGGGGAAAAAAUGAAAAAAUCCCUUUGGUCCUUUAUUCUUACAGCAUAUUGUUUCCGACCCUAAAAAAUCGUGAAAUAGUAAAAACAGGAGGUAGUUCCUUUCACACGAGAGUCCACCUGUCUGGUUAUACCUUUUUUAUUCUUGUUUUUCUCCCUCUGUUGCCUUUCUACCUUCCAAUCAAAAUUAUUUCUUUGAAUCUCUUUCUUUCCUGGUUGCUACCUUUCAGAAACAUUAGGAUCCUUAUCUUCUCUCUUCUUUCUUCAUUUCUUUCCUCUUUUUCCUUUAUCUGAGUAUAUGUACCAAAGGAUUCCUACAACGUUAAACUUUUUACUCACCUCUUUUUGCUGACAUAAUUAGCCAAAGCAUGGCACGUUUCCACUGAAAGGCCUUCAUUCUCCCCUACAACUACAACAGACAUUACAUCAGUUUCUGUUCCCUCGUAUUUCUCCAAGUACAUCAGCGCUGAGAAACUCAAUCACAACCCCCCCGGAACACCUUCCAGGUUCAUGGACUUUUCCCCUCUGCUGCCAAUUUUGCACCAAAAAACUCCCAAACUGCUCCGAAACUGAGAUACCCCAUUUGAUGAAAUCUUCGAAUUUGCGGCCAGUACUGUUGUUCUUCACAGAGACUAGACAAGGGUAGCUAACUACUAGCUAGGAGUCUUGCAACAGAGGUAGAUAGAAAUUAGAGAUGAAUAUCAACAUGAGAGAAAACAACAUGCAACAGGGGAAUGGAUCGGGGCUCUUCAGCCAAUUCACGGAAACGAUCUGGCAGCCUUUCGCGAAAUCUUCAGCUAGAUCCUCAGCUAUAUUCGUUGUCUUCAUCGUCCUACUCGUCGGCGCGUUCUCCACGCACUUGCUCGACACCACUACUUUUUUGGGCAGCUUGGCUCACAAGCCCAUGCUAAGUACAAGAACAAGCAGGGGAAACCCCAAAAAGCCCCGACAGCAAAGAGAUAUCCCACUUAACUGCACUGCACGUAACCUCACACGAGCCUGCCCCACGAACGACCCGACAGCCAUCGAGGAAGAACCAGACAGUUCAUUAAAUGCCAUGUGUCCAGAUUACUUCCGUUGGAUCCACGAGGAUCUAAGGCCGUGGGCCUACACGGGGAUCACUAUGGACAUGCUGAAGAGAGCCGAGAAAACGGCUAACUUCAGAUUGGUUGUGGUAAACGGGAGGGCUUACGUGCAGAGAUAUCGAAGGUCGUUUCAGACAAGAGAUGUUUUUACGCUGUGGGGGAUCCUACAAUUGUUAAGGAGGUAUCCAGGAAAAGUGCCCGAUUUGGAUCUUAUGUUUGAUUGUGUUGACUGGCCAGUAAUCAAAACAAGCGACUAUGGUGGGCCCAAUGCCACGACCCCACCUCCCUUGUUUCGUUACUGCAAGGAUGACGAAACGCUAGACAUCGUUUUCCCGGACUGGUCCUUCUGGGGAUGGCCUGAGAUCAACAUAAAGCCAUGGGUGCCCUUGUUAAAUGACCUAAUGGAAGGCAACAAAAGAAUGGGAUGGGAAGGAAGGGAACCUCAUGCUUACUGGAAAGGGAAUCCCAAUGUUGCUACCACGAGGCAAGACCUCCUUAAAUGCAACGUUUCAGAUAAACAGGACUGGGGUGCUCGUGUCUAUGCCCAGGAUUGGGCGCGAGAAUCACAGCAAGGGUACAAGCAGUCAGACCUGGCAAACCAAUGCAUACACAGGUUCAAGAUCUACAUUGAAGGGUCGGCAUGGUCUGUCAGUGAAAAAUACAUUCUUGCUUGUGAUUCUCUUACCUUACUUGUAAAACCUCGCUACUAUGAUUUUUUCACCAGAAGUUUGGAGCCAAUGCAUCAUUAUUGGCCCAUUAAGGACGAUGACAAGUGCAGAUCUAUUAAGCAUGCUGUUGACUGGGGCAACGGCCAUCAGCAAGAGGCGCAGGCCAUAGGAAAGGCGGCAAGCGAGUUUAUUAAAGAGGGGUUGAAGAUGGACUACGUGUAUGAUUAUAUGUUUCAUCUCUUAAAUGAGUAUGCUAAACUCUUGAGAUAUAAGCCCACCGUACCUAGAAAAGCCGUUGAGCUCUGUUCAGAAACAAUGGCUUGUCCGGCGGAAGGAUUGCAGAAGAAGUUCAUGAUGGAAUCGAUGGUGAAGGGUCCCUCCGUUACAAGCCCAUGCACCAUGCCUCCACCUUACGAUCCAGCAUCUCUUUAUGCCUUGCUUAGUAAAAAGGAAAAUUCAAUAAAGCAAGUAGAGGAAUGGGAGAAGAAAUUUUGGGAAAUGCAAAAGUAAGCAGUCCAAGAAAGGAUAUUCUUUCAUACUUAAUACAAACCAGAGCCAGAAUGUAUUCUUGCAUUAAAGCUUGGUUAAUUUCACGUAUGGUACUUCUUUCGUACUAGAAUUAAGAGGAAAAACAGUAAUAAUAAAACAAUGUAUCGUUAUCGAUAAUUUAGCAUAUUUCAGAUUUUUUUUUCCA